GUGGUUUUUCGAUGCAGGGCAAUCAAGAGAGGUUGUCUGCCUUAAUGCAACCGGUUUACUUCUUGCAUGCAGACAAGCAUGUCUCAAAAUAAGUUCCAAGGGGCGGCGAAUUGCGCAGUGCAUGUGGAGGAUGAUAGAUAAAAUGGAAAUCCGAAAAUAAUUUUCGCGGGUGUGUUUUGAAGGCUGGUGCGGAGGCUCGUUUCUGCAGAGAAAGUUGAACGCCGUCACCAAGGGCGGCCGGAUACUGUAAAUGGGUGCAAAUUUCGUUGAGGAAAAUUCUUUCUGCGUUCAGUAUAUAAGUGAAGAAAUCGUUAUCCUUAGUAUCAUUCAGCGAGAAUAAGUUCUCCAGUUAAGACAGACUCGUAAUGGCAUUCAAAUUUGUUCUAUUGGCCACUUUGGUCGCUGCUGCCAGCGCAGGAUUAAUCCCGGAGCAUGGUUAUGCUUCGUCCCAUCAGACCAUUCAGCAUCAUCAUGCCGCUCCAGUUCACCAUGUAGCUGCUGUUCAUGCUGCUCCAGUGCAUCACGUGGCCGCUAUCCAUGCUGCUCCAGUCCAUCACACCAUCGUGAAGGAAGUCGAGCACCACGCUCCAGCCAACUACGAAUUCUCCUACUCCGUCCAUGAUGAACACACCGGAGAUAUCAAGAGCCAGCAUGAGACCCGUCAUGGAGAUGAAGUCCAUGGACAAUACAGCCUGAUCGAUUCCGAUGGACACCAUCGUAUUGUUGACUACCACGCCGAUCACCAUUCUGGAUUCAAUGCCGUCGUUCGUCGUGAACCAACCCACGUCAAGGUCGCCCAACCGGUGCACAAGGUCAUUGCUCAACCGGUGCAUAUUGCCACCCAUGCUGUUGCUCCAGUGCAUCAUGCCACCAUCUCGCACCAUCAUGCUGCCCCAGUUGCUCACAUCUCGCACAUUGCCGCCCCGAUUGCUCACAGCGCUCACCAAACCGCUUCGGUGACGCAUCAUGGACUUUCUCACUACAGCACUGGUCAUCAUUACUAGAAUGAUUUCGCUAUGAAAUUAAACAUUCAACCCGACAACCUAGAUAAUGAAAUAGGCGAUUUUUCUGUUGUGUAUAGUACAAAUAAAGACGUUUUAUAAGAGAA